CGCUUGCGCAGUGCGUCCUGGAGGGCUCCAGAGCCGCUGCUGACCCACGUGUGGCGUGAAGCCCCGAGCAUCAUGUUGUGAGGAGAUGGGGGCCUGGGUCACGCGCGCCCUGAGGAAUUUCAACGUGGAGAACCGGGCCGAACGCGAACUCAGCAAGAUGAAGCCCCUGUCGGCGCCCCGGCACCCCUCCACCAAGAGCCUCCUGCAGGAGCAGAUGAGCCGCCAUCCAGAGAUUGAGGGAGAAAUCGCUCGGAAAGAUGACAAGCUGUUGUCACUGCUAAGAGAUGUUUAUGUGAAUUCCAAAGAUCCAGUGUCUUUGAAGGUGAAAGAUGCUGGAGUACUUCAGGAGUCAAAGGAGUUCAGAUUGCCAAUAGGCCAUCACUUUGAAAUGAUGAAUAUCAAGAGCAUUCCCAAAGGCAAAAUUUCAAUUGUAGAAGCAUUGACACUUCUUAAUAAUCACAAACUUUAUCCAGAAACGUGGACAGCUAAAAAAAUAGCAGAAGAAUACCAACUAGAACUGAAGGAUGUAAAUUCCCUGCUCAAAUACUUUGUUACUUAUGAAGUUAAAGUUUUCCCUGCUAAAGACAAGAAAGCAUUACAACCAAAAUGAAGACAUUUAUAAAAUUGAUCUUCCUGUGUACUUUUUAGCCCUUUACCCUAUUUUCUUGGUUUUGGGAUAUAUUAAUUACAGAAUGUAUAAUGCUCCCUUCUUGUAAAAGUACUAUUUAUUAAGUUUGUUGAUUUUUCAGGAAUGCUAACAAUUUUGUUUUGAGCUCUCAAUUAGAAAUUUAUUCAUAAUGUAUCAGCAUGUCUAAGUAUAGAUUUAUUAUAAAUAAAGGAGAUAAUGUGUUACUUUAGGGAACACAUGUCAAAGUUUAAUCUUCCAAUUUAGCUCAUAAUUCCUUAUUUAUUUAGAACUGUGAAAGCAAGUUUCCUGACUGUAGUCUGAAACUUUCUUUUUUGAGGGGUCAGGGGAAGGGGAGAUUGAACAAUGAGGAAAGCUAAGUGUUUUGUUUUUCAAAUAACUGCCGUUAGAAUGGAUUCUAAAUUAAUAGGAAAUACAUUUUUGUUAUUCCAGUAUAUAGCAAUUAGGAUAUUUCUUUUGAAUUGACAUUAUAUGUGGAUGACAGCCUUAAAAAUGAUUAAAAAAUUAAUAUUGUCUGA